GCCCCGCGCGAGACGCACUUCUUCUCCUCCUCCCCCCCCCCACUUCCAUCAGGUUGCUCCCAACUUUGCGCGAAGGUCACAACGCGAGAGGGAAGGCGGCCGCAUAGCGACAGUGAAAACCUCCUCCUCCUCCUCCUCCUCCUGCCAUUCCUCCCCGCCGUCCGGAUGCUGGCACGCUGUUAGGCGCUCAGUACAAUUCCAGCGCGUCCUCCGCGGUCUCCUCGGCUCUCCUCCACCAAUGCUGCUACAUCAGUUCAUGAACGGAGCCCUGGAAGUCAUGCAUCCCUCGCCGCUCCAGAAGGACACCACGUUCACCAAGAUCUUCGUCGGCGGGCUGCCGUACCACACGACCGACGCCUCGCUGAGGAAAUACUUCGAGGCCUUUGGGGAGAUCGACGAGGCGGUGGUGAUCACGGACCGGCAGACCGGUAAAUCCAGAGGAUACGGCUUUGUGACGAUGACGGACCGAGGGGCGGCUGAGAGAGCGUGCAAGGAUCCCAACCCCAUCAUCGACGGCAGGAAGGCCAACGUGAACCUGGCCUACCUGGGGGCCAAACCCCGCAGCAUACAAACAGGCAUAUCCAUCGGAGUGCAGCCCAUUCACCCGGCACUCAUCCAGAGGCAGUAUGGGUUGGCCCAGCCGUACGUCUACCCACAAGGCUACGUGCAGCCCAGCCUGGUGAUGCCCUCUCAGGUUUCCACGGCCGUCAGCGGCAGCCCGUACCUGGACUACGCCGCGGCCUACACCCAGUACGCCCAGGCGGCCUUUGAGCAGCAGUACCCGUACGCCGCCUCCCCGGCCGGAUUCCUCGGCUACAGCUACGCCACCAGCCCCACGGCCAGCAGCGGGCCGGCCGCCGCCGCCACAGCCCCGGCCUCCGUCCACCCCGCCCUCGCCUCCGCCGCAGGCCCGGCCCAGGCCUUCCUACACUACGCCCCGCAGCAGCACAUCCAGCCGGACCGCAUGCAGUGAGCCUGUGAAGGAUGAGGAUGAGGAGGAGGAGGAGGAGAAGAAGAAGCAGCGGUAUAGGUGGAGGUGGAAGAAGAGGGGGGGGGGGGUAGUGGACGCAGACCUUUUUGGACAGAGGAUGGCAAAACACGCCCUAACGGGUGACCCGGCUAUCAUCAGCAGGCUUUCAGGAAAAGGGGAGGGUCUAUUGCACUAUAGGAACAGAGUGAGCCGUUUGCUCAUUGGUUUAAGGCCAAAAGGGUUGCGAGGGGGUUGGAGGAAUCUCGAGGUUCAGGUUGGGAAGCUAAACGGCGUAAAAUAUGUGGUCGCUUCCAGAGGCCAACACUUCAUUUUCUUUUUUUAUUAUUAUUAUAAUUAUUAUUUUUAUGGUCCUUUAUUAUUGUAUUAAUGUCAUCGUCUAUUUGUUUGUAUGCCUUUUUUUAAUUUUUAUUAUUAUCAACGUGUUGAUGGCUCCCAUCAGACACGUGUCCCUGGUACACGUCGGUGAGCAGAGAGCCACCCGGGACACGUCGCGCCCCUUCCCUCCCGUCUCUGGGGCGGAUACGAAGGGCGCUGCUGCUUCAGGACACUCGGGGACAUGCGGAUAAUGGGUGCAGGUGGAAGACUGGGGGGGGGUGAUCUCGAGGAGAGGCACACAGCAAGUCUCAUUCUGGUGCCGCCCCCCCUCCCCCCCCCCCCCCCCCCCCCCGAACAAACUGACCACACCACGUGAGGACAAUGAGAAAUGUUUGCCUCCUCCACGACGCAACGGGAAAGAGUUCCCGUGUUACAGGACACUGGGGGCCUCCAUUGUUUGUUUUGAGACAGUGAUGUCAGGACUACACCUUUUAAAAAAAUAUAUAUCUUAAUUAAAGAGGCCUUAAUAAAAGAGAAACUUCUUUUAGAAUCUCCAGAUUUCUUUUUCUCUCGCUCUCUCUCUCUCAUGCCCCCCCACACACACACACACACACACACACACACACACACACACAGACACAGAACCGAGUGCAUAAAGCCCUUUGUAUUGUAACUGGCAUUUCAGCAGUCAGGCACAUUAAUCUGGCUUACUUUGGGUCUUGAUAAUUUCAAAUGGAUGUAGAUAAUCACAUGCAGUAUGUGGGCAGUGGGGACCAGGAGAGCUGCGUGUCGUUGUUUAAAGGGAGCUGACGCCGAGCUCAGACACCAGUGUAUUUCUUUUUCUUUUUUUCUUUUCACGGAGAUUGUUGCUCUCAAAGGACAUUCAUGUACAGCAAUUUGAAAUAUUUUCAGACAUCAAGUACAUUUACAAUAUUUAUAUGUAGGUAUUUAUGAGGUACUAAGUUAAAAUAGCUUAUUGUUUUUGGUUACCAUGACCUAUAGUUGUGGCACUGAUGUCAUUUAACCCGCAAACCUGCAGAUCCACAGGUGUCUCAUUUCUUUUUCAGUCACCGUGUCUGUGGAUUUGACCUGGUGCACAACAACUACAGUAGAUGCGAAAUUCUGUAGAUGCUUGUCAGAUUGCAUCAGGAAAUGUCUUUUACAGUCCCUUUAAUUAAAAAAAAAAAAAAAAAAAAGCCAUACCAAAAAAAAAUAGAAAUAAAGACUUUGUACUUAAAGA